AUGGAGAAAAAGAAAAUCUUGGUGAGAUCCAAAGUGGCUGCUUCAAACCUUCUGAGUGCCUUGCAUUCUCUCUAUCAGUUUGGUCAUUUCUGUGAUGUAACUGUUCAUACAAUCCAUCUUGGAAUCCAGGAAGAGUUUUUGGUGCACAAAGCAGUCUUGGCUGCUUCAAGCAACUACUUUAAAGGGCUUUUUCUAAGUGAUGAGAUGUCAGACAUUAAGAGGUGUACUGUUGUUUUAGAUGACAUUUACACAGAGGAAUUCACAUCCUUUCUGGAAUUCAUCUAUACGGCAAAAAUUGAGAUUGAACCAGAGAAAUUGCAUCGAAUGAGAGAGGUAGCAGAGAGACUUGAAUGCAAGGACCUGCUUGACAUUUGUGAGGAAAUGAAGACAGAAAGUAAAAUGGAUGGCUUGGAUUUAAGUCUCCAUUUGAAAACUCAGAACCUGCAGCAACACCGACUUACAGUUCAUAAUGAUGAGCGGCGAUUCCCUUGCAUGUUCUGUGACAAGAAGUUUAAACGUCAGAAGGAUAUAAAGUGCCAUGUACGAAGAGUUCAUGAAAAGAAAAGGAAUCCUCAGGCUUGUCCCUACUGUGACAAGGUCAUCAGCUCCAAGUGUGGUCUGACUGUUCACAUUAGAACCCACACAGGAGAGAAACCCUAUAAAUGUGGCUAUUGCCCUGCAAGCUUUGCCCAGAGGUCUGCUUACAAUACUCAUGUAAGAAAAAUACAUGAAUCAAAACAAGAUAGAAAAACUAUGCCAGUAUACUGGAUGGUUGUUCCAUCUACUAGCAGAUCAGAGGCAACAGAUUAUGAAAUUGAUUUUACUAAAGAAACAUGGGAACGGUCCUCAGAUAAUGGUUUACCAAUGGGAACCAAUGGCAAUGACACUUUCAUCUACGAAGAUAAUGCUAGAAACUCAUCUAAUGUAGUUGAUUCUAGUAAUGAAGCAGAAGAAAAUGAAAAAGAAAAAAAUAAUAACAAAGAAACUGUACUAAGUAGAGAAAGGGAUCAGGAUGAAAAAUCAAGUGUUAAAGGAGAAGGAGAUUAUGAUGCUGGUUUUUCUGAAGUAGAAAUGAAUGAUAGCAAAGAUAAUGAAGUUGUCUGCACAGAUGAUGACUUUUCAAAUGAAAAAGAUGCAGAAGAUAAUGAAUCAGAGGAAGAACUUAAGAUAAAGAAAGUAAAUAAUAUGACUAUAAUGAAGAAAUCAACUUAUGUUAUAACUUGUGAUAAGUGUAAUCAGCAAUUUGUAUCCCGGAAAAAAUACGUGGAUCACUGCAAAGAUGUACAUCAAUCCCUUCCUGGGAAGGUCUAUCAGUGUGAUAUCUGUAGCAAGUCCUUUGCUAGUUACAACAGCUGUAAAGAACAUCAAGCUUGUGUGCAUACAGAAGAAAGGCAGUUUGCCUGCACUCUCUGUAAUGCUACUUUCAAACGAAAGCGAGAUGUAAGAACUCAUUACAUGCGGAAGCAUGAAGGAAGAGUAAAACGACCACUUUGUUCUGUGUGUGGAAAAAUUUUGAGUUCUAGAACAGCACUGGUAUUCCAUAUGAGAACCCAUACAGGAGAAAAACCUUAUGAAUGUGGUGUCUGCCACUCCAAAUUUGCUCAACCAUCCCAACUUAAAAUUCACACAAGGUCUCAUACUGGAGAAAAGCCAUAUAUUUGUGAGGACUGUGGAGCUAGCUUUGCAGAUAAAGGAAAACUAAAUGGCCACAAGAGGACCCACACAGGAGAACGGCUAUUUAAAUGUGAUGUCUGUGGAAAACAUUUUGCUACCAACGAAUACUUAAAAUGCCACAAGAGAUGUCAUAUGGGAGCUAAGCCUUAUAAAUGUGAUAUAUGUGGGAAAACAUUUGGAUUGAGAGCCUCAUUAGCUCAACAUAGCAAUGUUCAUGCAGAAACUCGUCCAUAUUUCUGUGAACUAUGUGGGAAAACUUUUACACAACAAGGAGCUCUCAGACGCCAUCAGCGUAUUCACACAGGAGAAAAACCAUAUAAGUGUCGGGCUUGUGAGAGAACUUUUACAGACAUGUCAACAUUGAGGAGACAUGUGUCCGUCCAUGAUCGAAAUGCACAUUGGAGAAGUUUCCUGAUAGACCUUACUACUAAAAAAGACCACAACUGGUCAAAAAUUGAGACCUUAUCAGAUGUGUGUAUGGGUGAGGAGCCAACACCUGAAAUUUGGUCAGUUGACCAAGGUAGACUAUAUAAACCAGAGAAUGCAGUUGUGAAAACUGCUAAUGUCGUAGCUACCAGUGUUACUACUUGCACCAAUAACCAUUCCAGGGUAUAUAUGUAA